GACAUUUUCUGUUUAAAAAACAGAAAAGAAAAAAGACGGGGCCGGGUAACGGGCGCUGAGAGCGAAAAAAAAGCAAGGUGUGAGAGAAGGCUGUGGGCCAAUCAGCGGACGAGAAAUAGUCAUUACACGACGGAGUUGUGAGUGAAAUAUGGAAGAGAAUCGCUGAGCAUCAGAAGUUGAAGAAAGUGAGCAUCGAUUAUCAUUAGACAGCAUAGGAGACAGAAGAUAGUGUAAUAUAAGACCAAGAUCGAAAUCAAAACCAUACGAGAUAAGAGAAAUAUCAGAUAGGAUAAGAUAAGAUAAUAUAAGAUAAUAUAAUAUAAUAUAAUAUAAUAUAAUAUAAUAUAAUAUAAUAUAAUACAGUGCGUACAGAGAAAACAUGCUUUCAAGAACAGUUUUUCGUCCAUUGGGAAUACAUUCAAGCAAACGAUUAUUUUCGAGCAAUGUGAUGAGAUUGUUGCCAGCAUCGAUGACAGCAGCGCCAGCAGAAGAGCUCUAUCCCUCAGGGUUUCGAAUUCCCAGACCUAAGACAUGGGAAGAAGGAUCCGAGAGUGCUUUGGACAAGGCUACAAAGUUUUUCUUGCUUUCAGAAAUGUUCAGAGGGAUGUACAUCUGUUUGGAGAUGUAUUUCAGAGCGCCAUACACAAUUUACUAUCCAUUUGAAAAGGGACCAAUGUCACCAAGAUUCAGAGGAGAGCAUGCCUUACGAAGAUAUCCUACGGGAGAAGAAAGAUGUAUUGCAUGCAAGCUCUGUGAAGCUGUUUGCCCAGCACAGGCAAUUACCAUUGAAGCCGAAGAGAGAGCCGAUGGAUCACGAAGAACGUACAAGUACGACAUCGAUAUGACCAAGUGUAUUUACUGUGGAUACUGUCAAGAAAGCUGUCCCGUCGAUGCAAUUGUCGAGACGCCCAACACAGAAUACGCCACCGAGACCAGAGAGGAGUUGCUAUAUAACAAGGAGAAGUUGUUGGCCAAUGGGGACAAGUGGGAGCAGGAAAUUCAAUACUGUUUGGAUUCUGAUGCCCCCUACAGAUGAACGCAAAUGCUAUAUGAAAACUCCACGAUUAUAUGAACCUGAAAUUGAAAUUGAAAUUGAAACGGUUAUAAUCUAUAUUAAGAUAAGAUAAAAACCAAUUAAAAUUCAAGAUAAAAGGGAUUGAAACCAAAAAAUAAAAAAGAAAUAAACAAUAUAACACUCACGCUCACCUUCUAAUGACUAAAUUCACAUGUUAC